GUUUUAGAUUUUAGAUGGGAGCAUUAUUAGACUGUUUAGUCAAUGCAUUUCAAUUGCUUUUGGGGCAAUGUAAAGUUUAAAAGUGAAUCAUAUUCUCGACCCAGAUGAUAGUAUGAUCACAUUAUCUUGUGCAUGAUGAUACACAUUUUGGGAGUCGGCAAUCAUUGGGGAAUUCUUUCAUUUAUUUUGUUGUUUACGCUGAUUAAUUAUCAACCCGUUUGACGCUAGAUACGAAAUUGUAAACACCCAAACGGAUCAGAUAAGGCGUUUCCAUCGGAAAUGAACUGAUAAAUUCAUAGCCCAUCUAGUACAAUAAAAGUAGAGCCGACAUCAAAGCUGCGAGGCAUUCCAUUCAAUUCUCCAGACAUACAAUUUUGAAUACACAGAUCACAGAUGAAGAGCAGUAAGUCGUAUGGGUCGCACUUCGAUUUCGGAUUACAUUCCAUUCAAAUAUCAGGGAUAGAGAGAAAGAUUCCUUAUCGAAAACUUGUCUACGUUUCAGAACUGCAACAACUGAUCAUAGUCCUACUGCUGCAUUUGGUAACUAUUAAAGCCACUUCUCGAAGCGACCUCUUGCCCAUCGAAAGGCUGUGCCGCAAUGCGCUGGUGUGGACUCUAUUGCCGGAUGAACAACAUUGUGACAGAUUCUAUGUGUGCACGGGUAGAAAGGACCACAACAGAAGCUAUCAGGAAUUAAGAUGUGAAGCGGGUUACCACUUUAGCAGCUAUGAGCAACGCUGCAUAAGGGGCGCAUGUUCCCAACCUGUCACCAGAACCUGCAAUGCAACCGGCCUCAACAACGUGCAACGCCUGCUGGGCGAUUGUACGCGCUUUGAGCGUUGCUCGAAUCGCGGAGAGCUCGCCCUUGUCAAGUGCCCGUACGGACACUACUUUGACGCCGAGCGACACGCCUGCCUGCCGGUGGCCAUAACGCCGUCUCAUCAGUGCAGCUGCAUACUGCCGGAGCAUGCUCCGCUGGCCAAUCUGGAGGACUGUCGCAGCUACUAUCGCUGUACAGAGGGCCAGGCCGUGCUGCAGCAGUGUCCGCAGGGUUACUAUUAUGAGCUUAGCGUGAAUAGCUGCCUGCUGGAUACGAGGGGUGUAUGCAAGCCCGAAGAACCAGCGCCUCUGCUGGGCGAGACAUUGCAGGAGUGUGACAGGGAAGGUAGCCGAUUGGUGCCGCACACUCAGGACUGCAGUCGGUAUUUUGUGUGCAUCGGCAGCCGGGCCAUCGAAUUGAGUUGCCCCAAAGGCCAGUAUUUCGAUCUGGUAUCGCGCUAUUGUACAAUUGAUAAAAAUUUCCAGUGCCUCAAGCAAAGCACUGGCACGGAACCUAUGACAACUGCUUCACCUGCCACGACAAAGGAAGUCAACAGCAGCAAGCCGGCACAGAAGUUGAAUAGCAAUAAGCCAGCAUUUGAUGUGAUCGGCAACAAGUUGUCAUCAAAAUUUCUGUUAGUUUAAAACUACGUGGCGAUAUCUUACUUGGACUGAAGUGCCCGAAAACCAAUCAAACCGAAGCCCGAACUGAAAUGUUUUGGUCAAGAAUAAAACACUUUUGAAGAAGGUCUCAGCCCCAAAGCAUAAAUAACCUGGUUGAUGCCAUUUUUGGGUAGAGAUCAAAUUUAGACUUUUUAGUUAAACGGACA